AUGUGCAGCCAUGUAUUUCCGGCGCUUUAUCUCAACUUGGGCGUCGAAAUGAUGUAUGUAUUGGACCAAAGGUUGAGGGUACAGAAAGAGCGAAUAGAAGACCGAGAAAAAAGUGACAAAGUAGUGAAAGAGAUCAUGCUAGGAUUUCUUGCCAAACAGACACUAGACGAAGUAUUCAAAGGACAUGGAACACCGACACGUGCCGGGCUGAAAAUGUUUUUCGAAAAAGUUGCACAUUGUUCAAUAAUGAGGCUAAAUGAGAAUUCGAUGGAUAAGUUGUUUGAUCUGAUGAUGAUGUCCUAUAAAUUUGCGUUGAUGAAAAUGACAAUGCCAGAGCAGAUUAUGACAAUUACUGUGAACCAUCUAAGAGCACUUCUGGACUUGGUACCGUUAGAUAAGGAUAUUGGAACAGCGGUAGAGCAUGCGUAUACAAUGGCAUUCACAUUCUACCGUCCCCUCGGUCCAAUGGGAUGGUUCAUGCUCCGUAACUCCCUUCUUGUCUUCUUUCAAGACACCCGAGUCAAAGUGUCAACAUUCAUAAAAGACUGCAAGCAACUACCAAAUGGACGAUUUGUUAUAUUUGAUAAAAACGCUCCAGUUCAAUUGAUGUUAGACGGACAUCCAGUCGGAGAGACCAAGUAUUUCGCCAGCGGUGAGAUUACUCACACCAGCGUUUUUCCCACACCAUACAAGUACGUGCCUUUCGAGAAUUUGCCCGACGCGCUGGACGCUACGAAACGAUCAACAGACCUUGGUGCCAACUCGUACAGAGAUGGAAAUGGGUUAAUGAAAAUUCAAGGCGGUGGUCUCGGCAAAUCGGAUCGAAGAGAGGGUAACGAGAUGGCUCUUUUUGAGAGUUUGAUGUCGUCAACAACUACGUCAGCAGUCGCUGAAUCCGAAAUAUGGGGAAUGAGUCUGUUUGAUAACAUUGAGGACGAGAAAACAUAUAUGAAGGAGGUGGCGGAGAAUCAGCAGAUUACUGUAAUCGAUGCGAGGGAGAAGAAGAAAACGUUGAAGGCGGCGAUGGAGGAAAUGCAAAUCGACAAACGCCCACCAACUGCUGGUGAGAAAAAGAAGAAGUCAAAGGGAGCUAGCAUGUUGGAUAUGAUGGAUGAAGCAGCGGCAAGACCAGCGACAGCAAAGAAAGUGCCUAAAGCCAAGCGAAGCGAAUCCAUCGGCGCCAACUCCACAACCAAAUCAGCUGCCGACGCCAAACCACGUACUCGUAGCGGAUCCCGGCCAACUACUGGAGCCCGUCCGGGAACCAAAGCCGGAGCAGAGGCACGUCCAGCAACUAAAACUGGAUCAAGACCAUCAUCAAAAGGAGCUCCACGUCCAACAACUGCUGGUCGUCCGGCCACAAAAUCAAGUGAACGUGCUACAAGUGCAACACCAAAACGAGCGGGGUCUGCGAAGAAGAAGGUGGCGAUGGAAGCAGCGAAGGAUGAGGAUUAA